AUGGUGCAACUCAACGCCGACAUCGUGGCUGCCACGGCUGCCGCCCUCAACCUCACCCAGGUGGUGUUCACGCCCCCUCUGAAUUGGCUUGCCGGAAGCUCCUUGUUCCCGUCCCAGGUCAUUGCGGGCUAUCAUGCUGAGGUGGCCGAGUAUACCGCGGAGUCCUGGUCGGCCUAUAUGCUAGACGCCUGCGAGAGCUUCACGGAUUGCACGUCGUUUGAUGGCUUCCAAGCAACGAACAGCGGCAGCACGGGUGGACGGUACUGGUUUGGAUAUGUCUAUCGGGGCGGUGCCACGGACGAGUCAUUCUACGUCCGUACCGACGGAGUGACCGAUUCUUUUGCGUGGACUAUCGAGUCGUAA